AUUUAUUCUUCCUGGUCUGCUUGCCCCAUCCAAUCCAAUCUCAAUCACUACGAUGGGAACUUCUCCUUAGCUUCAUCCGUAAUAUAAAGAGUACCAAUCCGAGUUCUCCGCCGCUUCAUCGAUCGGAGUUUCUAUCCCUCGCCGGCGGACGGUAACCCUAACUCAGGUCGAGGAACUGCUCUGCGGUUCAUCGUCAGAGAUUGACCCGGCUUCUCGUUCGGGUUGACUGGAAGAGAAUGGAGGGGAAGAGAUGGUUCUUGGUGGGAAUGUUGAUAGCUCUACUUGCGUCUACGUCUUGUGGCAGAGAGCUGAAGAUAAGGGAAUACGGUGACGAGGGGGAUGAUCGGUCUCUGGUUUACAAUCACACCCUCGCCAUGACGUUGGUGGAGUAUGCCUCCGCAGUGUAUGUCUCAGACAUGACUGAGCUAUUUACUUGGACAUGUUCAAGAUGCAAUGGCUUAACAAAGGGCUUUCAGGUUGUGGAGCUGAUCUUUGAUGUGCAACACUGCUUAGAGGCAUAUGUUGGAGUUGCUCAGGAUCUUAAUGCUAUAGUUAUUGCCUUCCGAGGAACUCAGGAACACAGGCAUGUAUCUUCUAUUUAUUGGUUAUCUGUUUUUGUUUCUUUCUGUAAAUUGCUCGAUGAGCGAUUAUGCGUGUUGUUUAAUUUUGUUGGCGAACUGGAUCCUUGCAGCUUACAGAAUUGGAUUUCAGACCUCUUCUGGAAACAGCUUGAUUUAGAUUAUCCUGGAAUGCCUGAUGCGAUGGUGCAUCAUGGAUUCUAUUCUGCAUAUCACAACACAACUAUACGGUCCGGAAUUCUGAAUGCCAUUAAAAAAGCAAAGCAGUAUUAUGGGAAGCUUGACAUCAUGUUGACCGGGCAUUCUAUGGGUGGAGCCAUUGCUGCGUUCUGUGCACUUGAUCUAGUAGUCAACUGUGAAGCCGAGAAUGUCCAGUUGAUGACGUUUGGACAACCCCGCGUGGGCAAUGCAGUUUUUGCAACUUACUACAAGGAGCUUGUGCCUAAUGCAAUCAGAGUCGUAAAUGAACGUGAUAUUGUACCUCAUUUGCCCCCAUACUACUCUAUAUUCCCAACGAAGACAUAUCAUCACUUUUCCAGAGAGGUGUGGCUGUAUAACCUUGGAUUGGGAAGUCUUGUUUAUACAGUCGAGAAGGUUUGUGAUGACUCCGGUGAAGAUCCUACUUGUAGCAGAUCGGUGUUGUGGACUAGUAUUUCAGACCAUUUGUCCUACUAUGGCGUCGAUUUAUGUGGAGACGUAGACUUGUCUUGUGGAAUUGUGAUGGCGCCUGCUCUGAAGGAGUUUAGCACCACAGAUCUGAAGGGCAACUUCGUACUUUCAAGAGUUCCUGCCUCCUCUAUACUGAAGAUGAAAACCGAAGAAACCGUGACACGCAAUCAUUCCUUGUAGCUUUCGACAAUGGCCGAUUGUGGUUUCUCUCCCGAGGUAAGUGUAGUGUUUAGUCGCUUGUUACUUGGUGAAGAAGGAAUUUGUAAUCUUGUACAUAGAUGAUGCUUAUAGUAGGAAAAUAUAUGUCCCAGUCCCACUCUCCCUAGCCAAAACUUGGGAAAUAGCCUUUGUAAUUAGUAAUUACAUAUAUGUGUACAGUUUGUAAUCUGACGUUAUUAAACCCUAUUCUCUUCAUUGGUCUAUUCGAUGUGAAUUUGCAUAACCUGUAAUCACCUACUGUUCAAACCUCUAAUCCAUUCCUUCAUUCUAAAUAUUCAAGAAUGAACCGUGCUAACCGUAGAUCUUAAGAAGCGCAACG